UGCUUGAGUCGGAAUAAAAACGUUCUGGUUUUAGAUCACAACAUUGAUUCCCGAGUAUCUCGAAUCCCGCAGCUACUAUUAUGCAAAUUGAAAUAGGUGCUUCAGAUCUGCUGAAGUUAGGCGGCAAUCUAAUAAUCCACAAAAUCGUGCAGUACAAUUUGUCGACCAAAUACACAUCCAUUGUUCCCACCAAGUAUGGAUUGAUUAAGGGACACCAACGCAAGACAGCUUACGACAAGGAGCCAUACUUUGCCUUCGAGGGAAUUCCCUAUGCCAAGCCACCACUGGGAGAGCUGCGAUUCAGAGCACCACAACCACCGGAGCCUUGGAAAGGAAUUAGAAAUUGCACUUAUCUUCGUUCGAAGCCCGCCCAAAAUCAUUUCCUCUUGCACAUUUUCGAAGGCUCCGAGGAUUGUCUCUAUAUCAAUGUGUAUGCUAAGCACCUGAAAACAGAAAAGCCGCUUCCAGUUAUGGUUUUUAUCUAUGGCGGUGGAUUUCAGAUCGGUGAAGCCUCCACGGAUUAUUAUAGUCCAGAUUACUUUAUGAAAAAAGACAUCGUCUUCGUCACAUUCAACUACAGAGUAGGCCCUCUAGGUUUUCUUAGUCUACGCGACCGCGAUUUAGAUGUGCCCGGCAACGCGGGUCUCAAGGACCAGGUUCUUGCCCUUCGCUGGAUCAACGAUAACAUCUCAAACUUUAACGGAGAUCCAAACAAUAUAACGGUGAUGGGCAUCAGCGCUGGGGCAGCCUCAACACAGAUUAUGAUGACUGCACAACAGACGCGAGGACUCUUCCACAAGGCGAUCAUCAUGUCAGGCUCAUCACUGUGUGACUGGGUGAAUGAACCGAAUUACAACUGGCCAUAUCGGCUUGCCUGUCAUCUCGGCUACUUGGGCAGCAACAACGAAAAAGAAGUCUUCCGUUUUUUACAAAAGACUUCUGCAAAAAAAAUAUGUUUCAGCAAAAUACUAACCCAAGAUGAGAAACGAGAUCAUAUCCUCUUUGGCUUUGCACCAGUCGUUGAACCCUAUGAUAGUGAGAGUUGUGUUAUUUCCAAGCCUCACGAGGAAACUCUAUCGACGGCUUGGGGAAAUGAAAUACCAGUUAUCAUUGGUGGCACAUCUUUUGAGGGCUUGUUCUCCUAUCAGUUUGUUUUGCACGAUACCUCUCAUGUUCUCAGUAACUUUGAGUCGCUAAUACCCCGAGAGGUGCGUGAAAUUUCCACCCCAGCACAAAUCAAAGAGCAUGUACGUCGACUAAAGCUGUACAACUUCGAAGACGCUACCAGAGGACAAAUGGAAUUCAAAGAGUGCUUGCAAUUGCUCUCCUUCAAGCACUUCUGGCAUGGUAUACAUCGCACUGUUCUGGCUCGAUCGGCCUAUGCUCCAAAAACACCAACCUACCUUUAUCGCUUUGAUUUCGACUCCCCUACAUACAAUUUUUAUCGCAUUAUGAACUGUGGAAGACAUGAACGAGGUGUUUCUCAUGCGGAUGAUAUUUCCUAUCUAUUCUACUGUGUUUCAUCAUUCAAACUGGAUAAGUCUUCUCCCGAAUACCGCACUAUUGAGAACAUGAUUGGCAUGUGGACUUCGUUUGCCACAGAAGGAAAUCCCAACUGUGCUCAGAUUGAACCAGUUCGAUGGGAGGUGAUUGAUCCUGACGCAACUCCCAAGUGCUUAAACAUUGGCACAAAACUUGAGUUUAUAAAUUUACCGGAACGUAAGCAACUGACACUUUGGGAUAGCUUCUAUGAAAAACUGAAAUUAUUUGACGGAAUUAAUAGUAAAAGCGUUUCGAUUCUGGAUCCCGAUUUAAUUCACGACUAUCCUAUAAUGGAUUUGGUAAUGGAUAUUCCAAAUCUACUGGCACUAUUCAGCAAGUUCAUCGUCCACGGGAUCGUGCAGUACAAUCUGUCGACCAAAUACACAUCCAUUAUUUCCACCAAGUAUGGAUUGGUUAAAGGACUACAACGCAAGACAGUAUACGACAAGGAGCCAUAUUUUGCCUUCGAGGGAAUUCCCUAUGCUAAACCGCCACUGGGAGAGCUGCGAUUUAGAGCACCACAACCUCCGGAGCCAUGGAAAGGAAUUAGGGAUUGCACUUAUUUUCGUUCACAGCCCGCCCAAACUAAUUUCAUAUUGCAAUAUUUUGAAGGCGCCGAGGAUUGUCUCUAUAUCAAUGUGUAUGCUAAGCAUCUGAAAUCAGAAAAACCGUUUCCAGUUAUGGUUUAUAUUUAUGGCGGUGGAUUUAAAAUCGGUGAAGCCUCCAGGAAUUAUUAUAGCCCAGAUUACUUUAUGAAAAAAGACAUCGUCUUCAUCACAUUCAACUACAGAGUUGGCGCUCUAGGUUUUCUUAGUCUACGCGACCGCGAUUUAGAUGUGCCCGGCAAUGCGGGUCUCAAGGACCAGGUUCUUGCGCUUCGCUGGAUCCACGAAAACAUCUCAAACUUUAACGGAGAUCCAAACAACAUAACGGUGAUGGGCACCAGCGCUGGGGCAGCCUCAACACAGAUUAUGAUGACCACAGAACAGACGCGAGGACUCUUCCACAAGGCGAUCAUCAUGUCAGGCUCAUCACUGUGUGACUGGGUGAAUGAGUACGAUUACAACUUUCCUUAUCGACUUGCCUGUCAUCUGGGCUACUUAGGCAGCAACAACGAAAAGGAAGUCUUCCGUUUUUUACAAAAGACUUCUGCAAAAAAACUUUGUUUCAACAAACUUCUAACCAAAGAAGAGAAGAGAGAUCAUGUGCUAUUUGGAUUUGUACCAGUUGUUGAACCCUAUGAUAGUGAGAGUUGUGUUAUUCCCAAGUCCAACGAGGAAACUCUAUCGACGGCUUGGGGAAAUGAAAUACCAGUUAUCAUUGGUGGCACCUCCUUUGAGGGAUUGUUGUUUUAUCAGUUUGCCAUGCAUGACGCGAGUUAUGUUCUAAGGAACUUUGAAUCGCUAAUUCCCCGAGAGGUGCGUGCAAUUUCCACGCCAGCACAAAUCAAGGAGUACGUACUUCGACUGAAAGAGGACAGCUUCGAAGAUGCCACAAGGGAACAAAUGGAACUAAAAGAAUGCUUGCAAUUGCUCUCCUUCAAACACAUCUGGCAUAGUCUACAUCGCACUGUUCUCGCCCGUUCGGCCUAUGCUUCAAAAAUCCCUACUUACCUUUAUCGCUUUGAUUUCGACUCCCCUACUUACAAUUUUUAUCGCAUUAUGAACUGCGGAAACCAUGAACGAGGAGUUUCGCACGCGGAUGAUGUUUUUUAUCUUUUCUACCAUGUUUUAUCCUUUAAACUGGAUAAGUCUUCUCCCGAAUACCGCACUAUUGAGAACAUGAUUAACAUGUGGACUUCGUUUGCCACACAAGGAAAUCCCAACUGUGCUCAGAUUGAACCGGUUCGAUGGGAGGCGAUUAAACCUAACGAAACUCUCAAGUGCCUAAACAUUGGCACAAAACUUGAGUUCGUAAAUUUUCCUGAACGUAAGCAACUAAAACUCUGGGAUAGCUUCUAUGAAAAACUGAAAUUAUUUUAAGUUUUUUCUCUAGACAACUCAUAGUGAAAAUGUACUUGAUUUUGCUGACCUUACUGUAAAUAAAAAUACAUAUAAAAGUUAGUG